ACUUCUAACCUAAAAAAAUACAAACGUAAACAUAAACAAAAAUGCAAGUGAAAAAAACUGACUUACGUUAUUACUGACCUUAAAUUAAUUUAUUUACCAUCUAAUUAUUAAAAAAAAAUACCUAAUAAUGGAUGCAGGUAAAACAUUUUAUUGCGCUGCAGGAUUUCGUAAUGAUGUCAUUGAAUUUAUAUCGAGAUUUAUAUCAUCGGAGUCGCACAUGUACGAGGACUUCGUACGAGUCUGGAAAGAGAUGAAAUUCUUCCGAGUAUUUAUAGGAAGAUCAACGCGUUCAGAGUUAAUGGAAUUUUGCGAGGAAGCUCUGGAUAUUACAAAAGAGCUGCUGCUGUCUUCCAAAAACUUGAUUGAAAAAAUCGGUGGGUUGUUUUUACUGUAUAGUAUUUAUUUUUCCAUGCCGUUAAGAGGUCCCAAAAUUCGGAUCAUCAUGUCCGAGUGGGAGAAUUUGAUAGCGUUUAAAAAAUCUCUCAUUAAUCAGAAACGAUGGGACUGUAUUAUGGUGUUGAAUAAACUUGUUGAUGGGAAUGCGUUUGCAUAUUGUUUGUGUGAUAAUGAGCGUGGAUUAGAGAAUUACUACGUUUUGAAAGAUUUUAUGAAAGGAAAUUCCCGACCAAUAGAAUCACAGAAAAAAAAAGUUGAACUGCUGUCAAUAUUCGACAAGGUUGUUAAAGAAGCCAGUAAUUACUCUAAAUUAAAAGACAAACUGUCAUAUAAAUUAGGAAUUAACGCGAAUAAAGUUCCUAUGGUAUUCACGGAUGAUACUUUGAAAGAAAUCGCUAAAACCGUCAAGAAUCUGGAUGAGCUGGUGAAACAAAAAGCAAACAACAGUGACAAUGCGCGGCGCAGCCAGCGUACAUUUUGUCCACCUGUUCCCAAAAAUGGAGAUGAAAAUGAGAAUGAAAGGGAAGAUUCCGAACCGGAUUACCACCAGGACUCGGAUUCCAAUGACGAUGAUCCCGACUAUCGGGCUAGGACUCCCGAGUCUAUUGAUGCUUUUGGUGCUGAUCGAGAUGAAAAUGUCUAUGUUGGUGGAAAUGUAAAUAAAACGCAAGCGCCGAUGGUUAAAAUUACCAAGAUUGAUGAGUCCCAAAUGAAGAAAUUUUGUGAAGCUACUGGUUAUCAGGAUUUUUGUGACAAACAAGUCGCCUCAACUUCUAAAAGUGAUGGUGUUAAUAAUGACUUUGAUUAUUUACCUCAUAUUAAAAUGGAGAAAACUCAUUAUGAUUCAGAUUAUUCAGAUGAGGAUUUUUCACUUUUAGAUUAUUAAUUGUAAUAUUUAGUUGUUAUUUUAUUGUAAAUAUAUUUUUUAUAUUUCAUAAA